AAGUUUCCAACAAAAUAUAAAAAUUUAAACAUUUUCUUACGGAGAGUACCACAGAACAAAAUUACUAUAUAAUUUUGCAAAAGCGAAAUCAGUGUAAAUUUGUACGCUUUAUUAUACAGUAAACUUUGAAGAGAUCGAACAAUAGAGUGAAACUUAAGAAAAAUCUCAAUGUUUAAAAUUGAAAUUGCCACUAAAAAUCCAUCGACGUUAAAGAAACGAGGGAAUGCAUGGAAUUGGAACGCACCCCCACAAAAGAAAAACGAAACAAAACGCAGUACAAGAUGGCUGCGUUUGGGUGUUGUGGCUACUGAUUUGUGAAAGAUAUAUUCUGUAAUAUUCGAUAGUUAAUUUGUAGUGAAUCAUUAAGUUUCUAUCUCUCAUUUAUCGGUAUAAUCGGGUUCGUGUGUAACGCGUAUACGUGGACGCAAGCCGCGUUGGGAGGAACAAUGCGAGCACGUCGUUGAAACAUUUAUCACGGUUCAGGGGGUGGAUGAUAGGAAUUUACUGAAAGUCCAAGAUAGAAGCCACUCGAAACGCUGGAGAAAGACGGUGGAGCUUCGGAGGAGGGGGAGAUGUCUGCCGGCACCCAGGGCGAGAUUCGGGUUGGCCCUUCGCACCAGGAAUUGGUUUCUUGUCAGGCCCGUUUGCCUGAGUAUCGGCCGGGUAUACCUCCUGGAGAGCUGCUUCCUGAUCCAGAGUUUUCUAAAGAACGAGAGGAGCUAAGAUGGAUUCCAGCUAUGGCAUUGGACGGGGAUCUUCUGAUGUACUUAAGAGCAGCUCGAUCUAUGGCUGCAUUUGCUGGCAUGUGUGAUGGAGGAUCCCCGGAUGACGGUUGUGUGGCUGCUUCCCGAGACGACACGACUAUCAAUGCUCUGGACAUCUUGCACGACUCUGGCUAUGAUCCAGGAAGAGCGCUGCAGGCUCUCGUUAAAUGUCCCGUACCUAAAGGCAUCGAUAAAAAGUGGUCCGAGGAGGAAACUAAACGCUUCGUCAAAGGACUUCGCCAAUUUGGGAAAAACUUUUCGAGGAUCAGAAAGGAUCUUUUACCUCAUAAAGACACGCCGGAAUUGGUCGAAUUCUAUUAUUUAUGGAAGAAAACGCCUGGUGCAAAUAAUAAUAGACCUCAUCGACGACGGCGACAGGGUUCGCUUAGAAGAAUUCGUAACACGCGUAAUUCGAGAGCGGGCACUCCCAAAGAGGAAGUCCCAACUCCUCCCAAAGACACCCCGCCAGCUAGCGUCAGUCAGAAGGAGCCCAUUUCUGAGCCUGAAACGGUACCUGUUGGAACACCUGCGAGCAAUAAUCCUGGCGGGGAAAUUAGUUCUGUGACAGAGGACGAUAAUUCGGAGGAAGAUAGCGAUUCUAGAGAUACAAAUACUAACGGAGCGACGCAUUCGUGCCAACACUGCUUCUCGACUAACUCGAAGGAUUAUCAGGUAGCCGGCAAAGACAGAUUAUUGCUUUGUACGGAAUGCAGAAUACAUUUGAAGAAAACCGGAGAAUUGCCGCCUGCUCCUCCGUAUCUGUUCCGCCCUGUGCCUGCGGAAUCACCAGAUAGCCCAGGGAGAAUGCGUACACGAAAUAAGGCCAAGGAAACGCCUAGACCCGCAAGACCUCGACGUACAGGUGGAACUGAUACUCCCGAUCAAGAGAAACAACAGCAACAGCAACAAACGCCAGACAAAAGCAAAAAGAAAUCCUCAAGCAAACCAGAAACCCCGAAGAAAGGUCAGAAACGACCUCAAACGGACGAGGUGGACGAGGAUAAGGAGUCUCAGAAACGGAAACGCGGUGAACGUCCUGAGAGUCCUUCAGAGUCGCUCACAACCGAUAGCAAUUCUCUCAUGGAUGAGCCUGAAAGAGAAGGGGAAGGUGAUACAAACGAAAAUCAACCCACUCCGGUUACAGUACCAACAGAGGAGCCCGUGAGUCCGGCUGUAACUACACCGGAGGAACCUUCUGAACCAACGCCAGUCUCUACUCCUGUACCGACACCUAUACAGACUUUACCGAUAUCCGUUCCUGUAAUUCAUACCUUGGACAAGAAACCUUUGUUAGAAGAACCGGUAGAAACCAAGGAUCAAAUAGACGAUGUACCUUUAGCUACGAAUCAACCCUUGAAGUUGGAACCAUUACCGAUAGAACCAGCCAUGUCUCCGUCUAACGAAGAUAUGAAAGAGCCUGACCAGCAACUGAAUCUGACUACAUCGCAGCCAUUGAACAUGAACGACAUGAGUCAAAAUAUGCCGCGUAAUCUGUCUCAAUCGAUUCAAAGUAGCGGUAUUUGCGCAUCGACUGGUCCACAGAAUAUACAGAACUCGCAAAUAAUGUCUCCAACGCAACAAGGACUGCCACUUAAUAUGCAAUAUACAUCUAAUGUUCCUCCUGUUCAAAAUGUACCGCAGAACUUAUCGCAGAGCAUGCAAAUGCCACCGAAUAUGCCUCAGAAUAUGUCAAACGCGCAAAACAUGGGACCAACGCAGAAUCUUCGAACUCAUGCUGAAAAUAUGUCGAACGCGCAAAAUCUUCCCCAAAGUAUACCGGGACCACCGUUGAACCUCAAUAUUUCGCAAAGUAUACCGACGAAUAUGACGCAAAUGCCUCAGAUGUCGAGUUCGCCGCAACCUCUUGGUUUAACUGUAAUGUCUUCUGAGAAUAGAAUGUCGGAGCGUAUCUCUGACGACAGACUUCCUCCGGAGCGAAUGCGAGAUGGUAGGAUACCUGAUAGAAUACCUGAGAGAAUCCCGGAGCGACCAGACAAUAACGAGCCCGAGAGAAACGAGCCAAGUAAUUUAUUCCAGCCGAUUCAACCAAGUGGAAUUAUGUCUAUGGAGAAACCAUCUUCCAUGUACAAUUUGGCUGGAACGCCGCCAAUGGAGCCACAGAACUUGAAGAUCAAACAGGAGAUUAUUCCCCCGGAACCAGAUCCACUCCAGAGCUUGAAGGAAGUCAAAGUUCCUGGUUUCCAGACUGGUUUCCCAGGCCCAAGCUUAGAGAAUAUUAAAAAGGACCCAGACAGUUCCAGUAAACCGCCCACCCCAAGUAAACACUCCAUGUCCAGUAACCAACCUGUUCCACAGAUGCAGUCUGUAGUCGCAUCACCGACACCGACUCUUCCGCCGCCACCCACAUCUAUUCCCCAGCCUGUGAUGCAUCCAGCCCAGCAACCGAGUCCACACAUGGCUCAUCCGUUCCACCCACAUCAUCCACUGAUGCAUCAUUCUUUGUUCACCGCGAUGCAUCCGUAUCAUCCUCACGCUUAUCCAGGAUACGCUCCAGUUGGAGGAUAUCCCUCCUUCCCGCCAUAUCCUUACGGUCCAGUACCUCACGCAAUUCCACCGCCGUCGCCACAGAGGAGUCAAGAAAGCACGACCAUGAUGACGGCACAUCACUCGAGUACCAGUUCCAGCGUGACAACUAGAGAGGAGGGUGAAAAUCUUAUCGCUACGCAUCACCAUUCUUCCAGUAUGCAUCAAGCCACAACGUUGCACCACGAUAAGUUGUUGACUAUCUCGUCUCACAGUUCCCAUAGCCACUCUUCGUCACACAGUUCACACAAUACUCAACGGAAACCGUCGCUAGUUUCUGCAACGUGUCUGACAUCCAGCAGUUCGGCUCAUCAUCACCAUAGACAGCAGCAACCCCAACAACCUGUCGCUCCAGAGCCGAAAUUAGAGCCUGAUCUCGUGGAGCAGGAUCAAGAGGAACCGCCGAGUCCCCGAGGCCCGUCUCCUGAACCAAGAAUCGAAGACUCGGAAUGUCACAGGUCGCAGUCAGCUAUUUUCUUGCGUCACUGGAAUCGAGGAGAGAAUAAUUCUUGCACCAGAACGGACUUAAUGUUCAAACCUGUACCAGAUUCAAAGUUGGCUAGAAAACGCGAGGAGAGGUCUAGAAAACAAGCGGAAAGGGAAAGAGAAGAACGCGACAGAGCCGCGGCACAGCAAGCUAGAAAAAUGACGACUCCUGAAAAGCAACCGGAAGUUUGUAAACCUCCAAGUCGAGGACCUCUCGAGCCAGUCGUUUCGCCUUAUGACAGGUACGCGGCGAGGCCUGGGUCGUACGCAGAUACUCCCGCGUUGAGACAGUUGUCGGAAUACGCGCGUCCUCACGCUGCGUUCUCACCUGCCAGGCAUCCGGCGCCACCAGAUCCAAUGUUACAUUACAUGUACAGUCCCACGCGAGAACGCUUGGAACUGGAGCACCUGGAGCGCGAAAAAAGGGAACGCGAGAUCAGAGAAUUGCGAGAAAGAGAUUUGAACGAUCGAUUAAAAGAAGAGCUCCUGAAAGGAACGCCUAGACCGAUGCCAGCACCGGUGGAUCCGCAUUGGUUGGAGAUACAUCGUCGCUACGCAGCGGCGGGACUCGCGCCUGGACCGUCAGGACCUCCUCAAGCUUUGCAUCAGUUCGGCCUCUACGGUGCACCGCCUGGUCCUAGCCAACUGGAAAGGGAACGUUUAGAGAGACUAGGGAUACCGACUGCAGCCGGCGGGGGGCCAGCGGGUGCAGGGGCUGGCCAUCCCGUGGCGGCUCAUCACCACGGCCAGCUGGACGAGCGACUGGCUCUAGCUGCUGACCCGAUGGUCCGGUUGCAGAUGGCUGGCAUUUCGCCCGAGUAUCAUGCUCACACUCACGCGCAUACGCAUGCGCAUACGCACUUGCACUUACAUCCGGGACAGCAGCAGGCCCAGCAACAGGCUCAGCAACAGCAGGAAGCGGCUGCGGCUGCAGCUGGAUUCCCCCUGCCUGCAGCAGCUGGUGCGAACUAUCCUCGACCAGGCUUAAUGCCACGUGACCCAGGACUGGCGCUUCAUCCCGCUGAACUUCUCGGAAGACCGUAUGCGGACAUAGCAGCGCAUCACGAACAAUUUCAACGUCACCUCAUGAUGGAACGCGAUCGAUUUCCGCCUCAUGCGUCGCUCGUAGCUCAUCACGAGGAAUAUCUAAGACAACAGCGCGAUCGCGAGCUUAAAGUUCGCGCACUGGAAGAAGCCGCACGUGGAUCACGCCCUUAAGUGUAAUUGUAUUUAUAUAUUCUAAUGAUUAUCCCUCAUGAUUAGGAACGGAAAUUGUCUCGUUAGAUUUGCAAUCAACGAGAAUAUCACCGUCUCGCGGUGUUCAACCGCCGUGAUUUAAAUAAAAAAGGUGCAAGGAUGUAAGUCAAAGACCUUACGUUUUAGGAUCAGAAAUUAUUUUUACGGUCUCUUAGAGCUAUACAAGUAAAACACAAGAUGUGAAAAAAACGUAAGGAUUGUUACGUCAUGUAACAUUUUAGUGUAAAUAUGACACGAUAACAAAACAAAAUAAAAAGGAUUAUCGGAAAUAGUGCUAGAUUAAGUCUAGCACCAUAGAGAACCGCUUGACAUGUAAAUUUGUUUGAAAUCUCUAGGUAUAUACAUACUAUACAUAAUUGCAUUACGAGUCCACCAUAUUACUGAAAAGAGAUUCGUUCCGUUUGAUUUUGAUUUAUAGCGGUGAUAAUGCCAAAGUGUUCAAAGGAAAAUGGUUCACCGCCUGAUUUAGUCUUUCCGUGCUCACAAGAAAAUAAUAGAUUGCUCCCCUCUUUCGUUAUACAUGAAUAUCCGACGAACAUGAAUCGUGUCUUCGAAAUAAAUAAAUAAAUAAUUUUAUAAUUUGUAGAGUAAUUUCCGAACAUAUUUAGAACUGUUCGUGUUUUCGUAACGAUCAUGAACAGUUCAUAGACCUUCCGUGUUCUAGUAUAUAUAAGAAUAUAACUUAAGUUUUAAUAUUAUUGUAAUUUCUGUGUCGGACAAUUUGUAUAUUUUCUAUAUGUAUCCUUUAAGAUUUUACCUUGAAAACCAUGAGCGUUUGAUACUAGUUCGAUCGAGCGGCUGAUUAGUACUAAAACUUUGUAACAAAGUGACCAAAGUUUAAAAGUUUAUAGAAAAACGGUGUGUGUGAACGCAUAAUCAUCCAUGGUAGUGCGCUCCGCAGAUUUCACGGAAAUAAUCCUGUACGGUGCAGGCGUUGGAAAUUGAUGCGUAACGUUUUUCAAUAAAACAAAGUAAUCCUUUAUUCUGAUGACCAUUCGAACAUGUAAAUUUUCUGCUAUACAAUUAAUUCAAUGUAAUCUAGUUAUUUAACUAAGUAAAUAUUUCAUAGAAACGUCCAGUUUUAUAUGGUAUCUUUUCUUUCUCUAUUUGUUUUACAUCUCCAUAGGUAGCGUCUGAAAUGAUUAGUAAUGGCAAAAUAUGUUUUACGUCGUGGAAAAUCAGCGAUCAAUGUAUUAUUUGUCUGCUUGCACUUACAAGGCUGUAAUAUAUUACACAAGCAGACUACUUUCAAUCUACUCUACCUGAGGAGGAAAACGCACCAAAAUGAAAUUAUAUGUAAUCAGAAAAUCAAAUUAUUGUAUAAUUUCCUUUUACCAGUUUGCCUUUCACUGGAUUCCCUGGACAGAAAUAAAUGCCUGUCUUAUAAAAGACUAUCUUUUGGUGUCAUCUUAUCAUAGUUUGUAUCCAAGUUCUAACGUUAAAUGAAUUUGUAGAGGAGACAGUGAUGAGUCGGCUGAAAGCUGUAUGGAACUGUCCUAAUUAGUUUUACACAUGGAAUUUGUUUUCCUCGCUCUUCCUGUCGGUUGUCGGCUUGUUUUUAUUGACCGUAAUGUGAAACCCAGCUUCCAACCACUUUACGUGGGAGUCAUCACAUCCACAUGUACUAGUGUGAGUGUGCAGGAAGUACAAGUGUCACGUUGACCGUACUAUUCAGAACCGCUUGUCAAACGACAACAGCACUAAAAUUUUGUAUUUAAGACAGCAGAAUAUUUCACAUUAUCUGUGACAUUUUAAUUAUAAAAAGGUAAUAGUGAUAGAAGUCUUAGACUGCAAGUUCUAACAUUUAUAUCGAUCCGAAGUACUUUUAUUUGAUCUUAAAGAACCGCAUGUUAUGAUUUUCAGAACAUUUCUACUGCAAUGAACUUUGAACCUAUUGAUUACCCGGUGUUCCAAGCUUUUACUAUAAUUAUAUUGUUGGCGUUACAGUGUCGUCUCUUUAUUUUUAAUUUGUUAUAUGUACUUAUAUUAUGUGUAUUUUUUCCCCUGUACGAUUUUUAUGAACUGUCAUUAACGUGUUGUGUUUUUACUAGUGAAGCAUCAUGCAAGUGCUUCGUUCGCCCCUGGUCGGAUGCACGUGCAGUUCACAUGUGUUAUUCGAGUAACGGGGGGCGGGGUUAAGAGUGACACGUCGGUGAAGAGGGAAUCCUGGAGGAAGCGACAGAAGCCGUCGGAGCUUAGUCAUUCAUAAAUGAGCUGCCGGUGUAGUCGGAUCGUUCUUUCAAGUUAACAAAGUUGUAUAACGAUUAACUGAUAACUGUGCGAUGCAGCAUGGCUGCACGAAGGAAAGAAGAAUCGAUGAAACAACGUUAUCAAGCGAAUGCACGUGAAAGGGAUCGGACUCAUAGGUGAAAAUAAUUUUUGUUUGUUGUUAGAAACAUUAAAAACUUUUUUUUCGAACGAUGGCACGAACCACGUAUAGUAAUACACGUUCGUACUGGUAUAUUUAUUUCUUCGUUUGUAAUUCUUGUAUUCUUUUGGAUAUUUUGGGUGUAGACUUAAUUGUUGACUUAUUGUUAUAAUAAAAUUGUAAUAGAAACAUUGUA